CUUUCUGGGCUUCCCGCAUGUGGAGUAAACGGUAAACUGGAUCAUGAGUGGGAUGGAGGCAUGGUACAUGGAUGAGUCCAGUGAGGACCAGAGACUCCCUCACAGACUGAGCCCGAACCAGCCCGUGACCCGCGAGCAGCUCCAGGACAUCGGCGUGUAUUACUGGAAGUUAAAUGCAGAUAUUUUUGAGAAUGACCCAGAACUGCAGAAGAUCCGUGAGGAAAGAGGAUUUUCUUAUAUGGAUAUCAUAACUAUUCACCCGGAUAAACUUCCUGAUUAUGGGAACAAACUGAAAAUGUUCUACGAAGAACACCUUCAUCUUGACGACGAGAUCCGCUAUAUUCUGGAAGGGUCGUGUUACUUUGACGUGAGGGACAAAGACGACCGCUGGAUCCGAUUGGCCGUGUGUAAAGGUGACCUCAUCACACUACCGGCGGGAAUCUACCACAGGUUCACCGUUGACGAAACCGACUACACUAAAGCCAUGCGUCUGUUCGUCGGGGAGCCGGUCUGGAAGGCUUAUAACCGUCCGGCGGAUGACUUUGACAUCCGUAAGGACUACGUCAGCUCCCUGAGAUGCUUCUGAGACCUCCCUGAGACGCCACAUCUGAUUGGUUUAGAGUUAACGAAGGACUGCUGAUGGGAUCUUCAUCAGAAUGAAACUCUGUAGUGCCUUUAACAAACACUCUUGACAGUCGCUUAUGUGUCAUUGCUGAUGAUGAUAAACACAUAAUGCAGUAUAUUUAGUAUUUUUAUAGUUAUGACGAUAAAUCGUAGAGUUUAAAACUCACGUUUUGUAGAAUUAAUUCAUUACUUUCUAUUAAAAGAUGUGGGGAAGAACUAGCAUAUUACUAGGCCUAACUGUUGUGGUUUCAUGUUUCCAUCCAAAGUUCAACUUAUGCAAACUUUUAACUUUCAAUGCGCAAAAUCAUCACUUCCCGAUAAACUAGCGCAAAAUAUCUCUAAGAAAAAUGGUUGCAAAAAAAUUUGCUGCUUAUUCUUGUUUUCAUCCAGUGUUUUAUGCAACAUCCCAAAAUGUGCUUAAAAAUACGUGGAUAGAAACAUGAUUCGCGUCAUAAAAUAUAUUUGAACAAAUUAUUAUAUAGUAAUACUGAAUAUGCAAAAAAUACUGCACAGAACAAAGUAAUUAUACUGAAGACAACAUUAUAUUAAGUAAAUAAACGGAAUAAUUAUUGAUGUUGGUUAUA